UCCACAUUAAGAAGGAGUGACUUACAGGAUUACAGUGAGUGGUGUGAUGAAAAUAAAAACAGGAUAUUAGCAUAGAGACGAAAUAUGUGUCAUGAGGUGGCAACUAGCAGCUACAAAAGCCUGCUGUGUGUGUCCACUUCCUUUUGUCUCGCAAGACUAAAUACUGUAGAACAUUUGUUGGACACCUUACAUUACUUCCUGAAUUGCACAUUUUGAAUCCUGAAUAUGGUGACCAACAUGUUGCUGCUAGUCCUCUUUGUUUCAGAUUUUCUCCCACAUCUUGUUGAAGGUGCUUGUGAGCACCUUCGCAUCACCACCCCGAGGCAGAUGGAGGCACUGAGUGGAUCCUGUUUGCUGAUCCCGUGUAUCUUCAGCGCUGACCCAGCUGAGGGCUUCAACAGCUCACGAGAAAUCUUCGGAGUGUGGAUUAAAAAAUACCCCAAAUUUGGCCAAAAUAAAGAAAACGUGAUUUCCCGCAGUGAUGGGAAAAUCAACAGAUAUCCAAUGAGUAUUACAGGAAACCUGAGACAGAGAAACUGCACCACUCUGUUUUCUAGUUUGAAAAAAAGUCACACAGAUAAAUACUUCUUCAGGAUUGAGAACAGCCCAUUUAAGGCAACAGCUGCAUGUGAUCCUCUUCAAAUAACAGUGAAAGAUUCUCCUCCGAGCCCCACCAUUGAGAUCCCAGGUGAUCUGAAGGAGGCGGAGUCUGUCACUGUAACCUGCUCAGCUCCAGCUCCCUGUCCACACUCCCCUCCUAAACUCACCUGGACUCUCCAACAAGACCCUCCCAACACAAUGGAGGAAAACCCAGAUCGGACCUUCACGACUAAGAUCCAGAAGACCCUCACUCUGACAGACCAACAUGAUGGAUUCACCAUCACCUGCUCUGCCAGCUAUCCUGUGAAUGAAGGGAAAGAUGUGAAGACAGCAGAGGAGACAAAGACUCUCCAUGUUUCAUAUGCUCCUAAGGACACCUCCACCUCCGUCAAUCCGCCCUCAGGUUCGGUGUCAGCGUGCAGCUGGGUGAAGCUGAGCUGCUCCAGCAGAGCCCAGCCUCCCAUCAGCAGCUUCACCUGGUUCAAGGAGAGCCAAGAUGGAGACAUGAAGGUCUCACAGGGAGAGAUUGACAGCUUUAAUGCCACAGAGGGAGGACGUUAUUACUGUGUGGCCACAAAUGCUCUUGGUAAAGAAACAUCACCAAAGAUCCAGCUGGCUAACGGAGGUGAUCAACAGAUUGGGACGGUUGAUGUUCAUUUGAUAAUGAAGAUCCUGGGAAUCAUAAUGCUCGUCAGUACAAUGGUCAUCUUUGAAUGCUGGUUUAGAUCAAGACGCUCUUCUGAACCAGAGGAGGUAUCCACCAGACGAGGAGAGGACGCAGCAGAAGCAGACUAUGUCAACCGUGUGGUCGAGUUACAAACAUCCUGAGUCACAAAGAGAGCAGGAAGACGUUCAGUUCACUUUUACUGAAAGAAAAUGCUGUAUUGAUUUGCCUUAUAUGUUCCACAUUAAGAAGGAGUGACUUACAGUAUUACAGUGAGUGGUGUGAUGAAAAUAAAAACAGGAUAUUAGCAUAGAGACGAAAUAUGUGUCAUGAGGUGGCAACUAGCAGCUACAAAAGCCUGCU